UGAGCCGGCCCGGGCGGGGCUCCCGGAUGCGCCCGGGGCCGCCGGGAAGGAUCCCGGGACCGAGCCCGGGAGCGGCGGUUACCCGGGCUGCCCCCGCCCGCAGCCGGCUCCCGACCCCGGGCUCCGCGCUGCCCCCGCCCGGCUCCGCGACCUCCGUCGCUGCCUCCCCGGGCGCGCGGGGAGCCCCGGCCCCUGCCCGCCGGAGGUACCGGCCGGCCCGGAGCCGCCUUCGCGGAGCUGGGGCAGCCGGCGCGGUCCCGGGCAGGGAGCGGAGCCCCGCCGCGAAACCCCGCUGCCCCGGGCAGCCCCGCGCCCUGCCCCGGGGAGCCAUGCCGGCGCCGGCCCCCCAGGACCGCGGGCGAUGCUGCUCUUACCGCGCGGUCCAGAAGCGGCUGCCUAUCCUCAGCUGGCUUCCGCGGUACUCGCUGGCCUGGCUGCAGCUCGACUUGAUCGCCGGAGCGACCGUGGGGCUGACGGUGGUACCGCAGGCGCUGGCGUACGCCGAGGUGGCCGGCCUGCCCGUGCAGUACGGCCUCUAUUCUUCCUUCAUGGGCUGCUUCGUCUACUGCUUCCUGGGAACUGCCAAGGACGUGACGCUGGGUCCCACUGCCAUCAUGUCGCUGCUUGUCUCCUCUUACGCGUUCCACGACCCCGUCUAUGCCGUCCUGCUCGCCUUCCUGUCGGGCUGCAUCCAGCUGGCCAUGGGGCUUCUGCGUCUUGGUUUUCUCCUGGACUUUAUAUCCUGCCCGGUCAUUAAAGGCUUCACCUCAGCUGCCUCAGUCACCAUUGGCUUCAGCCAGGUCAAGAACUUCCUGGGCCUGCGGGGAAUCCCUCGGCAGUUUUUCCUGCAGGUGUACGAGACGCUGAGGAGGAUCGGAGAGACCAGGGCUGGGGAUGCCAUCCUUGGGCUGGCCUGCCUGGUGGCACUCACGGGGCUCGGGGCAAUGAAGAGGCGCCUCUCCGGAGCUCCCGGCGCGGAGCCGCUGUCCGCCAGGGUCAGUUACCUCAUCGUCUGGAUCUCCGCCACGGGUGCGUUGGCCUUUCUCUGCCCUUUCUCUUUCCCACGGCCGUCCUUCCUACGGGCUCAGCCUCUUCUGGAGCAGAGGAAGAGGGGAGACCUGCAAAGAGGAAGAGGGAGCCUGGACCUGACUGAGGUUGGCAGGAGCUGGAUCCCAGAGCCCGCAACGCCCUCGUGGUCCUGUCUGCUGGCCUGGUGGCUUACUCCUUCCAGGCGAUGGGCUCCCGGCCGUUCACCCUCACCGGCGAGGUCCCGCAGGGGCUCCCCGCGUUGCGGCUGCCGCCGUUCGCCGAGGCCGCCGCCAACGGCACCGUUCCCUUCGGCAGGAUGGUGCAGGACAUGGGAGACGGACUGGCCGUGGUGCCGCUCAUGGGCCUGCUGGAGACCGUUGCCAUCGCCAAGGCUUUUGCCUCGCAGAACGGCUACAGGAUCGACCCCAACCAGGAGCUGCUGGCUAUGGGCUUCACCAACAUCCUGGGCUCCUUCGUCUCCUCGUACCCCGUCACGGGCAGCUUUGGGCGAGCCGCCCGUGCCGGGUGGGACGCGGGUCUGGGGCCGCCGGUCCCCGCUGUGCCGCAGCCUGGGACGGUGCCUCUGCUCCGCGUUUCAGGACGGCGGUGAACGCGCAGACGGGCGCCUGCACCCCCGCGGGGGGGCUCGUCACAGGGGCCCUGGUCCUGCUCUCGCUGGCCUACCUGACCUCCUGCUUCUCCUACGUCCCCAAAGCGGCGCUGGCCGCCGUCAUCGUCUGCGCCGUGGCUCCCGUGUUCGACGCCGGGAUCGUCAGGACGCUGUGGCGGGGCUGGACCUCGUGCCCCUGUGCGUGACGUUCCUGCUCUGCUUCUGGGAGGUGCAGUACGGCAUCGUGGCCGGGGUGCUGGUCUCCGGGGUUCUCCUGCUCUACCCCAUCGCCAGGCCCCCCAUAAAGGUGUCUGACCGGGGAGGGCUCCUCGUGCAGCCCGGGAGCAGCCUGCACUUCCCAGCCGUCGAGUACCUGCGGGACACGCUGUGCAAGCGCGCGCUGGCAGCAGCGUCUUCGCCGCGCUCCAUCGUCCUGGACUGCCGCCACGUCAGCAGCAUCGAUUACACGGUGGUGGUGGGGCUGGCAGAUCUGCUGCGCGAGCUGCGCAAGCAGGGCUUCGCCCUGGCCUUCCGCGGCCUGCAGGACAACGUUCUGCAGGUCCUGCUGGCUGCAGACUUAGACGAGUUCCAGCACUGCACCGGCUGGCAGGAGGCAGACGAGACUUUGUGCCUCUCCGGGGCGGAAGCGGCUGCCGCUUGGCAGCAGUGAUCCCCGAGGCUGCCGCCGCCGAGGGCGGCUCUGGAGGACGAGCCUGGGAGCCCGGCCCUCGGCCCCAGAGGCUGCGGGACGGCCGGGAGCGGGUGGCCCGGGGCUCGGUCCCCACGCGGGUUCCUCCUCCCUCGGAGCUGGAACGGGGCCCCGGAGAGCGAGCGCGCCGGGUGCCGGCGGGGGGACGAGUGGCGGAGGGGUGCGGGCAGCAGUGCUGCUGCCGAACGGCAGGGCCCGGUGCCCGGGGGCACGAGAAGGAGGUUUUCCCGAAUGAAGGGAAGGUGGCUGAUGCCCCCCCGCCACGAGGAAGUUUCCUUUCCGGGCAGUUCUGCAGGGGCUGCAAAAUAAAACAGCAAGCAGCAG